AAUAUAAGAAGGCGAAAAAAAUGGACCCAUUCAGAAACUAUUGUAUUUUUACGAUGCUACCUUGAAAGGAAAAAUGAGUUCUUACAUUCAAGAAAAAGGCAUAUAGCUUAUUCCAAUGUUUUGAAAGACAUGUUAUCCCAAAAUGUUUCGAAUAAAGGAAGAUCACCUAAAUGCCUAAGGGGAAAAUUGCGUACUUUAUUGCGCGCGUAUAGAUCAGCAAUAGAUAAUAAAAUGGCGGGUUCAAAUAUUUUACCAUUUAUGGAAUUGUUGGAGAAAAUUUUUGGGGAUUCUCCUAUAAUACAGAACCAGCACACAAUGCAUAUGGGUUUUGAUCAUGUUGAUAUACCAGAGGAAAGUUUUGGCCCUAGUUCGCCAUCGAAUUUAUCAGAAACAACACAAUCUCCACCACAAUCUCCUCCGCAAUCACCGUCAUAUGCCGCUGAUUCGUCAAUACUAUCGUCAUCGUCUGGAGUGCAAAUAUCAUUACCAUCAUCAUUAUCAACAUCUCUAAGCUCGACUCAAGCAAAGAUUCAAAAAAGUACAGCUCGAAGUCGUUAUUUUGAUGAAAAGCUUAAAAUAAAAAAAUUGGCAGUUGAGCAAAAAACGAAACAAAGAGAUCAAGCACUGUCAGAUUUGAAAGCUCUUCUUAAAACAAAAUGGGAAAAUGAAAUUAAGCUAGAACAGAAGAAGUUGACUCUGCUAGAAUCAAUUUUAAAUUCACAAAAUUAAUUAUUUUUAAAUUCGGCUUUAACAGUUUUUAAGUCAAGCUGUAUACUAGUUUUAUAUAUCGUUGUUUUUAGUAAUGUAAUAGUUUUUAUGUUUUGUCUAUUCUGUUACAUAUUUUACACAAGAAUAAACGGUGCAUACAUUAUAUAA